GCAACUAGUGUGUGUCCCGGGCACGCUGAAGGCUGGUUGCCUAGGGGAACCUUCCGAGGGCAAGUGGGCUUCUUUUGACAGUUGCGUGUCCCUUCCGUCCAGCCUGGCUUCCGAUUCUGCCUUGCGUGUUUAUGACGAGCCUGCGAACCGGGACGUGAGAACCCUCAGAUAAUAAGGAAGAAAUCACUGUGCUUGCAUCAUGGAUCACACAAAGGAAAAGAACAACAACUUCAAAGACGACCUUCUGCUCCGGAUGGGACUAAAUGACAACAAGGCAGGCAUGGAGGGGUUGGAUAAGGAGAAAAUUAACAAAAUCAUCAUGGAAGCCACAAAGGGGUCCAGAUUUUAUGGAAAUGAGCUCAAGAAGGAAAAGCAAGUCAACCAACGGAUUGAAAAUAUGAUGCAACAGAAAGCUCAAAUUACCGACCAGCAACUAAGGAAAGCUCAGUUACAGGUUGACAGAUUCGUAAUGGAAUUAGAACGGAACCGGAAUUUGAACAAUACCAUAGUUCACGUUGACAUGGAUGCUUUCUAUGCAGCUGUAGAAAUGAGGGACAAUCCAGAACUGAAGGAUAAACCCAUUGCUGUAGGAUCCAUGAGCAUGUUGUCAACUUCAAAUUACCAUGCAAGGAGGUUUGGUGUUCGUGCAGCCAUGCCAGGAUUUAUUGCUAAGAGGCUCUGCCCACAACUUAUUAUAGUGCCCCCAAACUUUGACAAAUACAGAGCUGUGAGCAAGGAGGUUAAAGAGAUACUUGCUGAAUAUGAUCCCAAUUUUAUGGCCAUGAGUCUGGACGAAGCCUACUUGAAUAUAACACAGCACUUACAGGAAAGGCAAGAUUGGCCUGAGGACAAAAGAAGAUUUUUCAUCAAAAUGGAAAACUGUGGAAAAAUUGAUACGCCCGGACAGGAAGCUAACGAGACCGAGUCUGAGCGGUCCAUCUCCCCGCUGCUUUUUGAAGAUAGUCCUCCUGAUUUGCAACCCCAAGGACGUCCUUUCCAACUGAACUCUGAAGAACAAAACAAUCCUCAAAUAGCCCAAAAUCCAGUUGUUUUUGGAACAUCGGCUGAGGAAGUGGUAAAGGAAAUUCGCUUCAGAAUUGAACAAAAAACAACACUGACAGCCAGUGCAGGCAUCGCCCCCAAUACAAUGUUAGCGAAAGUGUGCAGUGAUAAGAACAAGCCAAAUGGACAGUACCAAAUCCUCCCCUGCAGGAGUGCGGUGAUGGACUUCAUCAAGGACCUGCCUAUUAGAAAGGUUUCUGGAAUAGGAAAAGUUACAGAGAAAAUGUUAAUGGCUCUCGGGAUUGUUACUUGCACAGAGCUGUACCAACAGAGAGCGUUGCUUUCUCUCCUUUUCUCGGAAACGUCUUGGCAUUAUUUUCUUCACAUCGCACUGGGUCUAGGUUCAACAGACCUGGCAAGGGAUGGAGAAAGGAAAAGUAUGAGCGUUGAAAGGACAUUCAGUGAGAUAAGUAAAACAGAGGAACAGUACAGCUUGUGCCAAGAACUGUGCACUGAGCUCGCCCACGAUCUCCAGAAGGAAGGACUUAAGGGAAGAACUGUUACCAUUAAGCUGAAGAACGUGAAUUUUGAAGUAAAAACUCGAGCAUCUACAGUUCCAUGGGCCAUUUCUACUGCAGAGGAAAUAUUUGCCAUUGCUAAGGAGCUGCUAAGGACAGAAGUUAAUGCGGGUUCUCCACAUCCCCUGCGGUUAAGACUGAUGGGUGUCCGGAUGUCUACUUUUUCGAAUGAAGAUGACAGGAAACACCAACAAAGGAGCAUCAUUGGUUUCUUACAGGCUGGAAACCAUGCUUUGUCAUCUACUGGGUAUAUUCUAGACAAAACUGACAAAACUGAGCUUGUAAAGCCCUUAGAAAUGUCUCAUAAGAAGAGUUUCUUUGAUAAAAAGCGAUCAGAAAGAAUCUCGAACUGUCAAGACACACCCAGAUGUAAAAUUUCGGGUCAGCCAACUUUACAGACCGUGGAACCAUCCCAAGCAUUAAAGAAGAUGAGCAAGAGUUUUGAAACAUCAGAGAAUUCAAAUGACUGUCAGACAUUUAUAUGUCCAGUUUGCUUUAAGGAGCAAGAAGGUUUCAGUCUGGAAGCUUUUAAUGAACACGUUGAUGCCUGUCUUGAUGGACCAUCAACCAGUGAGAACUCAGAAAUGCCCUGUUACUCACGUGCUUCCUCUGCAGACAUCGGUCAGAAGGAAGCUGCACACCACUCUAUUUCACUGUGGGAGAAACAGGGGCAUGAAAAUGGAGAGAUCACUUCAGUAGAUGGUGCAGGUCUAACAGAGACUGAAGACAGAUCACUGAAAGCAGCAGAUAUGGACACUCUAGGGAAUAAUCACAGCAAAGAGGAAUAUCCUGAUACUUCAAACGGAUCUUGUCCUAUAUCAUUGGCAAAUGAAACUGUCAGUAUAUUAAGUAGGCAAGAAUCUGCCCAGCCCUGUACAGAUGAGGUAGUAACAGGAGCUCUAGUUUGUCCUGUUUGUAACCUAGAGCAAGAGACUUCUGAUCUUACCGUCUUCAACAUACAUGUGGAUAUUUGCUUAAAUAAAGGCAUAAUCCAAGAGCUGAGAAAUAGUGAAGUUAAUUUGGUUAAGCAACCCAAAGUAAGCUCAGGAAGCACUGACAGACUUCAGAAGGCUUCAGGAAGGACCAAAAGGCCAGGACUGAAGACGAAGGGCCCAGCAUCGAAGAAAACAAAACCCCAAGGUCCCAGAAACACCCUUGAUGGAUUUUUUAAAUGAACUUUGAACAAUUUAUCAACGUUUUUUAUUGAAAUUAGUAUUUUCAUAGUCAAUGUAUUUAAUCUUCCUCAUUUUAAAUAUACCCCUUUAAGGAAGACAAGUGCAAUAACACCUCCCCCACAUGACCUUUCUAAGAAUAUAGACUGAAUAUUAACUUAUUUCUUUUGUAUUUUCCUUAAUAACCGUGAGAAUUUCAUUCCCAAUAUAUAUAAUAAGUUGGAAGUCAGUCAGUCGUGUUAGAGACAACGAAAGAAGUGAGGUCAGAAGGCGAUGCGUUAUUUUAUAGUGGAUAUAAAAUACUUACAAGGACUCUGAGCUGUGUGCAAGCACUUCAGCCUCAGCUCCUCGGUGCUUAGACACCGUGUUGUCAUUGAUGCUACUGCACCUGCUCGUGUGUCUAAGUGUUCUGUGAGCAGAUGUGCUUAGAUUUAGCCAUGAUGUCCAUGGAGAACAGUAGCUUAACAGAGAGAGCAUGGGCAUGCAGUUCCCUCCAGGAAAGUGAUGCACAGUAUUAUCUGUGUUCAGAGGACCUGUUCAAACUGUUGUUAUUUGUAUUGUCUUACUUACCUUAUGAAUAGGCACUUGGUUCACAUAAAAAAAUACUUAGUCUGUAAUUCAAAAUUGUUUUUUUUUUUUAACUCAAUACUUUAAAUGGCAGUAUUUCAUUUCUUAUCAAUUAUAUUUGACUACAAAUCUGCAGUAAAGAAGAUAAGUUGUGUAGUUGCCUGGCUUUCAUUCCCCUAUCUGGGAGAAAAUAGACAACUCCGAGGAUGAGCCCUGAGGAGUCACUGCACUUACCAUAGCUACUUCUCUGUCAUCUCUGCUAAUAGUUGUGGAAGACAGACUUGCAGCAGCACUGAGAGGCAGGGGCAGGAGGAUCUCUGAAUUCAAAGACAGCUUGAUCUACAGAGUGAGUUCCAGAAAGAACAGCCUGGACCACACAGAGAAACCCUACCUCAG